CCGAGAGAUAGAAGAUAUAUUUUCCGACCAAAAUAUCCACUCAUCUCCUCCUCUCAUUACUUUUGUCUGCACCGAAGCAAAAAGUUUCAGACUAUCCAAAUCCAGGGUUUCUUCUCCUACAAUCAGAUCAUCGAAACCCUACUUUUCGAAUCAGGUCUUAGCUUCUCCGUCGUUUGCCCCUCAGAUCAAUAAAGUUUCAUGUCUGAGCUUGAUUCCCAGAUCCCUACUGCCUUCGACCCGUUUGCUGAUGCGAAUGUUGAGGACUCAGGUGCAGGAACAAAAGAGUACGUCCACAUCCGUGUGCAGCAGCGCAAUGGUAGGAAAAGCUUGACAACUGUCCAGGGGUUGAAGAAAGAGUAUAGUUACAGCAAGAUACUUAAGGACCUCAAGAAAGAGUUUUGUUGCAACGGAACAGUCGUUCAAGACUCUGAACUCGGACAGGUUAUUCAGCUUCAAGGAGACCAGAGGAAGAACGUCUCCACGUUCCUAGUCCAGGCUGGGCUAGUGAAGAAGGACAACAUCAAGAUCCAUGGUUUCUGAGCUGCAUUGUCCCUAAGUCUGUUUGCCUUAUAUUCUGUUAUUAAGUGUGUAUUACUAUUGUUAUCCUUCCCUUUCCAAAACAUUUCCUCAAACUUCUUCUUUGAUCUCUUGUUGCUUGGUUUGUUUCGAUUUAGACUCGGUAAGAGACUAUCUUUUAUGUACUUGUUUGCUACUUGUUUAAUAAAUAGAUAUGAAAUUGUUGAAUAACA